ACAGGGCGAUCCAGAAAUCUUCAUCCGAGAACAUGGCCAGAGCCCGGGCCGCUCCCCGACCUCCAACCGCCAGAGCGAUCACAGCCGCCCCCCACACGGGGGGGCUUAGGGGGGCCAAGAACGGUAAAUCCAGGUCGGAGUGGCCACCCUUCGGCCCGAAAAACGCCAGAAGCCAAAAGGGGUUCUCUGCCUCGGGGUCCAGCAGUCUAGGUUUCCACGGACAGCCCCAGGGCGGCGAAUCCCGAGCGGACACAAAGAGAGCACCGGUGGCUUUGAUCUCGGGCGAGCAGGCUCCGCAUCCGCGUCGCCGGGCGGCCUCUCAGUCCCAGGGCCCGGCCAGCGCCCCGGCCGCCCGCGCCGGGCUCGGGCGGAACGUCGAGGCUCUCCAGAUGGAACGUCGAGGCGCCUCCCCGGCAGCCCGGAAGGAAUGCCGCGGCGCCGCGCGCCGGGCCCGGAUGGAACGGGAGCCCCUCGCAGGCGCCGAGCCCCUCUCCCCGCCCGGCCGGCGCCCCGGGGCCGCGCGAGCUACGGCGACGCGGAGCCGGCGGGGCCGCGGGGCCGAGCCUGACACACACCCAGCGCCGGGCUCCUCGACCCCGAGCGUUCCCCCUCGGCGGCUUCGCGCCCCCCACCUUCUGCUCCCCCCGGGGAAGGGAGGAGGGUUGGUGGGCGAGGAAGAGGAAGGGGCGGGCGGUGCGAGCCCUCUGCCCGCUCCCCUCCGGCCGCUCCAGGCCCAGCGCUCGCCUCCCUUCCCCUCUGGCCUGGGAGCUGCCCCGCCCCCGGCCCGGCCGGCUGUGGUCCGCGGCCCCCCUAGACCCCCGGCAGGCUGUGAUGGCGGGGGGCCUAGAGGUGCAUGGCCCAACCCCGGCUCCCGGCGCCGGGGGGUCAGGAAACUGAGCGGAAAGUGGGGAACGAGGCAGCCAUUUGCAACCGGAGAGGAAAGUAGUGCAGCGCGGCGCCGCUCCGCCUCCCCCCUCCGCCUCCUGCUCGGCCGGUAGGGUGGUUCCUGCGAAGGGGCUGUUUCCCGGCCAGAGAGCCGGGCAGCGGUCGUGGAAAUCCGGAAAGCUUCCGGCGCGAGAUCCGGAGGGGCCCUUUUGCCGGGGGAAGCCCACUCGAGAAGGGGAGAAAGGAGAAGAUGAGGCCCUAUUUUGUGUUGGAGCGGGGCGGCGGAGGGAGACAGCCCUCUUGGAGGAAAGGCUGUGACUUUGCAGUUCUACGCACACGCUCCGGGAUCCCUCCGCCGCAGGUUAACCCCGACUGCGCCGAGCCGGCAGCCUGGCAGACACGUGGGAAUGAAGCCCCCUUCCUCUUCGCCCCGGCCCUGGAACUGCCUCUUUUACCUCCCGGGCGGUGAAACCAGGAUUCUGGCCAUUUUCUAAUGCUCUUCUCCUUUAGUCACUGGUCCUUGCAACUCCUUGCCUUGACUAGAGACAAUCUUUGCCGAGAGUGGGAUGGAGGAAGAGCCUGGAGAUUGGCCGCUGCUCUGCAUCCUGGGAACUGGAGUCCACAAAUGGAGAAAGUGAGGCACGGCGCUUGGCGCUGCAAAGGGUGGGCUCUUGCCACGUUCGGGAGCCGGAAGAAAAUUGGACGAGCACCUAGUCUUCUUGCAGAAGGACUGUAGGUGCCCUCACAAUCACCACACACACUACCUCGCCCCCCAAAACGUCAAUCCAGAGCUCCCCUUCCGUUGCAGAGUGCCCCCCACCCCACAUCUAGUUUUUCCGAAAUCUUCAGAAACUGUGUUCUUUCCUUUUCAACGAAGGUGAAAAGAUUGAGGCUAAAAUUGAGAAAAUUGUCGAAGGAAUCACACCAAGUGAGAAGUUAAUCCAUGAUUCAAACCAAAAGCAACAUUUUCCCCUGGGUUUAAAAAAAAGAUUUAAUAGGCCUUCAAGAAGGCUCAGCAGGUACAAGGGGCUUAUGGCCGAACUUGAAGCCCUGACUUUGAUCCUGGGGCCCCACAAGGGGAAGGAGAGACCCGACUUAGCAGGUUGUCCUGAUCUCCACAUGUCUAUGUUUCAAUGUGCACAAAUACAAUAAAUAAAUGCAAUAAAAAAAGAUUUGAAAGUGGAAAGAGGCAGGCGAAUUAGGUCUGGGGCUACUUUUGUGGGAAAAGAUACAGUAAGAUUCUCAUGGAAUUGUGCUAUAUCCGAAUAUGGCCAUUAGCAACAUGUAGCUAUUGAGCACCUUUAAAUUUAGGUGGUGAAACUCAGUAACUUUAAAUGGUAACUAUGUUAAACUUACAUAGCUAUAUAUGACUUGCACUUCCAUGUUGGACAGUGCAGAUUGGGCCAUAG